AAACAAAAUUUAAAUCAUCAUCAUGAAGAAAUUAUUAUUCUUACUGCUAAUUGUCAAUUUUUCAUCAUCGAUUCAAUCAUGGAUUAAUCCAUCGAAUCAUCCACAAAAACAAUCGUAUCAUUGUAUUAGUCAUGAAUCAAAUUAUAAAAUUUAUCCAUGUGCAGAUUUUCAUCAAAAUUCAAAUGAAAAUGAAACAGAUUAUAUUGUCCAUGCACGUUUUGCCAAUAAUAUUAAUCAAACUGGUUGGUCUGAACUUGAUAUACGUACAAAUCCCGAUGAAUUGGAUUAUUUACAAGCAUAUCUUGCCGGUUAUUUAGAAGGACAAAUUACCAGACAAUUAAUUCGUAGUUAUUGGUCAAAUUUAUUGGAUGGUAAUGAAUGUCAAUUGUAUCAUGAUAUGAUUGUAAAAUUAUUGAAUAACACUAUUCAACGUGCAUUUGACAACAAUAAUGAUCCAUAUUGGAAUCAGAUUCUUUUACAAUUAUAUCAAUUAGCUGGAUUGGAUGCUGGAUAUGUUGAUAAAUCCAUCAGCGUCAAUGAAAUAAAUGACCCGAAUAUGAUAUUGGAACAAAUAAAUCCAUGUGGAACAAUAUUAUUACAUCUAUAUACAGAAUAUGAUGAUCUAAAAUAUCUGUUGCAACGAAAACCCAGUGAACAUCCAAUGGAUCAUUGUUCAGCAUUGAUAAAAAUAUUACCCAAUCAUUCGGAUAUUCUUGUAUCGCAUGUAACAUUUGCCAAUUUAAAAUCAAUGUUACGUGUGUUGAAAAGAUAUGAAUUAAAUUAUCGUACAAGUAAUUCAAAAACCAUUGUAAUGUCCAGCUAUCCAGGUACAUUGUUUUCAAUUGAUGAUUAUUAUUUACUAUCCCAGCAUAUGGUCGUACAGGAAACGACUAUUCAUAAUUAUGAUGAAAAACUUUAUAAACAAAUCAAUAUGAAUGAGAUGAUAUUUGAAUUCUUACGUACAAUGGUUGCAAAUCGUUUGGCCAGAAAUGGUUCCGAAUGGGCAGAAAUAUUUGGCCGUUAUAAUAGUGGAACUUAUAAUAAUCAAUUUAUGAUUAUUGAUUAUAAACAAUUUAUACCUGGUCAACAAAUUCAAUCAGAUUUUUUAUGGAUAUUAGAACAAAUGCCCAAUAGAAUACAUGCAGAAGAUAUGACAAAAAUAUUGAUAAAACAAUCAUAUUGGCCAAGUUAUAAUCUACCUUAUUUUCAAGAUAUUUAUCAGAUAAGUAAAACAGAUGAAAUGUUUAAAAAAUUUGGUGAACAUUAUUCUUAUGAGAAAUGUGCACGUGCACAAAUAUUUAAUCGUGAUCACCAUAAAGUAAUGAAUAUGACAACAAUGUAUCAUUUAAUGCGUUAUAAUAAUUUCAAACAAGAUCCAUUAUCACGUUGUAAUUGUACACCACCAUAUACUGGUUAUCGUGCCAUUUCAUCACGUUGUGAUCUGAAUGAUCCAAAUGGCCAAUAUCCAUUGUAUGCAUAUUCAUUUCAUUCAUCAGCUGGUUUAGAUGCCAAAAUUACUGGCUAUAAAAUGGCCAAAUCAUUAAUAAUGAUUGCCGUUAGUGGUCCAACAUAUGAUCAAGUACCAGCGUUUAGUUGGUCAACAACUAAAUUGAAAAAUAUUAAACACUUAGAUCAACCUAUUGAAUGGCGUUUCAAACCGAUUGUUACCGAUUGGAAUCGAACCACUGGUUUCAAUCAAUUUAAAUUUGAUUUAUAAAAAUGACCACACACACACACACAUAUAUAUCAGAAAAUAAAUCGACCAUAACCAAAAGAAUAAAUAAAAAAUCAAUCCGAAACUGACCGUUCAAUCAACUUUUCUCAGAAAAAAAAUUCAAAAUUCUUUGAAAAUUCAACAAAAUUCAUUCACUUACCAAGAUAUGUAGAGGCACCUGUUAAUAUGAAUAAAAAUUUGAUUGGUUCCAACA